UGACGGCUCAAAGCGCUGUGUUUACCGUCACUGCAGUAAUGUGUCACAAGUCAAACAGAAGCCCCUCUGACCACCGCUUGGGGGCCGUUAGCUCUCCAGGAGCCACGUGGACGAUAACAUCCUGUGGCAACUUUCUUUCAUCAGUAACAUUUACAACAGAAACUUAAAAAAAAAAAAAAAGAAAAGAAGAAAAUUCUGUAACCAUUUAUUUACCUUUACAUGUUCCAAACCUGUAUGGCUUUAUUUCUGGGAAUACAAAAUGACAUGUUAGACAGAAUGUUAGCCUCAGUCACCAUUCAGUCUCAUUGUAUGUAAAAAAAAAAAAAAAAAGAUGCAAUGUAAGUAAAUUGUGACUAAGACUACUAUUCUCCUUUUUUUUUUUUUUUUUUUUUUUUUCCAAGGAGAAAAAGUAAUGGGAAUUUGGAUCGCCAUAAAAAUAAUUCAGUUUUUUUGGGGUGGGUGAACUAUCCCUUUAAGGUCAUGGGUUUGAUUCCCAGUUAAUAUGGGUGUAAGGGUUUCUGUAUUGAAUGUAUUUUUGUUUGGUUAGACUUGAAUCAAAGCUGUGUCAGAGGGUAAAAUUCUGACCUUUCUCCAGAUUAAUCGGUUAGUUUAUGUGGAAAUGAGAAAAGAACUGAAACCAAAAGCAGCUGAGAACUACAAUGGUAAAAGUUAGCUUUUGUUACCUUUCAAUUAUGGGUUUGUUGAAUACAAAUUUAACAGGGCUGUGUAACCACACCACAUAGAAAUACUUAACAACAGUGCGAAAUAUAGACUUGGGUGGGUCACGUUUUUGAAAGACUUCCAACAGGGGUGCAAUUUUUUGAUGUUCAUAACUUUAAAACUGCUGUUGAUAUUUUCCUUUGUUAUUAAAAAUUUGUGUUGAUAAAAAGAUCAAAUAUUUUGUAUUGAUAGAACAGAUUUUAUUUUCUACAGGUAUAAAGCAUAAUUAUUGAAAUUAUUUCAUUGCUGCAGUGUGUCAGGUUAUUAAUUUUAAAGUCACAUCUUUAUGCGUUUAAAAGGACUAGCACUGCCUGUGCUGCCCCAUCAAGCACUGGCAGGAGAGUAUGCCUCCCCCUGGCAUCCCACUAUGAAAUCCUGGGUGUAAUUGUAGGGUACUGAGGCAGAACAAGAAUAAUCAGAUCAGUCCUGAGACAGAGAGCAUACAUGGAGACACAGCACUGGAUUAACCCCCCACCACCACCAUCAUCCCUGAUUAAAUUACGAAGAGAUCCUGCAUGUAGGUAAACGAGAGCGAGAGAGAAAGAGAGAGGAAAAGCCAUGUGAGGGAGUGGGAGGAAGAAUGAGCCAGAAAGGGUGGCAGCGCAUUACGAGCGAGGGAGCGAAAGCUUGAGAAUGGAGACAGAGAGUGAGGGAGUCCUAGGCAGGAAGCGUGCAAAAGCCAGAGGAACAGAAAUGCAGGGAGUUUGAGGGAAAACAGAGGUCCUCUGCCAACGACAGGACAACAAGAGCAAAGUCAGAGCGAGAGAGAAAGGGGGCAGAGGAAAAAACACAAGGAUAACAUCAGUAACAACCCCCGGGAGGAAGCGAUGAAUGAGAGGGUGGGGGUCAGAGUGAAGGAACAUGCAAGGGAAAGUUUGAAAGUAGAGCAGAUGCAAAAAAUCAUCUGGUGAUGACGAGACCUGGACACUGGAAGGAGGGACACAUCCUCUCAAGAGUCUCCUUCUGAGGCCACAGCAUGUUCCCAGAGACCAAACAACCAACCACGCCAACCCGAUUUCAAUUACAAAAUGGAUUACAAGCUCAGAGGGAUAUGGGCCAACAACUGCCAAGACCUCAAGCGGACCUCCUCGCAUAUUUUGGGAAUGGGGACUACAUAAUGAACACUUGUGGACCAAUGCACGCAAAUUCCUCCUGCAAUGGAUACAAUCACACUUCCAAGCAAUGUCUAGCCAACCAGGGGGGUCACGCACGACUAAACGUGGCUGGACAGGGCAGUCAGGCAGAGUUAACCAGAGUGUUGCAACAUAACAGCGUCUCUGUGAACUCCAGCUUGAGAGAAUGCAGCCUUGUGGUCCACCAACACCAGACCGAGCCACACCUCUCCUUAAGGAAGUGUGUUCUAGACUCGCCAACACAGUUCAGGGGUCAUGGAAACUGUGGAGCGCCUGUUUGUGUGGAGGAGCAACAAUCAGGCUCUGUGAGAGGGCCCCUUAUUAAGAAGCGACAUGCAUCAGACUGGACGGAACCCUAUGAAGACUGCUUUGGUGCUCACAAUUCAACCUUUAAAUAUGAACUUUGCACUUCUAAUGGAAAGGGAACUUUAAGUAGAUCGUUGGGACAUCGAUCGCAAGACUUAAAUAGACCCAGUCUGGCACAUGAAGUUAUGAUCUCUACCAAAGAUGCCAACAAACCCAAUACUAACCACCAAAUGAAAGUUGCCCAAGGGGAUCUCAAUGGACCAGGAAAUGGGAAGACCCAAAGAGCGAUUCAGGACCAGAUUGAAAGAGUCAUGGUGAAUCUUGAGGAAGUUCUACAUGGCCUGAAAGAGAUACAUCUGGAAAUGAAGGAGGUGGUCGAGCAGAUAGAUGUGUUGACGGCCAGCAUUGAUAUGGGUGAAGAGGAACCAGGGGACUCUUUCUGGGGAUGCCGCUCGAAUACGGGUGUACGUGAGUUGGAGUCAUCAAGACGUGGAAUCAACGGGGAGGCGUCCUCUAAUGGGGUCCACUCUGACAAGCCACCGUUCAGUGUAAAAGGCAAAAUGACACUUUGUUCAUCAACCAAAGCCCAUCCUUCACACACAAGAACCACACCUGUAGCUCCACCAGCAUACCCCAUGAAAGAUCAAGGGCUUCGUGAUACAAAACAAAGACUAAAAUCAACUCAGGAGAUGGUCGCUUCCCAAAGAAACGAAUCAGCGACUGUGACAGGACGCAGGGGCCAGAAGCCCCCUCCUUACCCCUACGCCAGCACAAUCGGAAGAGUGAAUCCUAAAGCAAAAGACAAAGAAAUAAUAAAAGGAUUCCGACAUACCCCAAAGAUUUUGAUGGAUUUCUCAUGGAACACCAGCAUAAGACCAGAAACUACAUCCUUGUGUCCACCCACGGCUGUCUGGGACUGAGAGAGAAAAAGAUGGAGGAAUAAGUGACACCAGACACUAAUGAAGAAGCUGUGGGCUGAAUAAUAAAGAGAUCCUGUCUGAGAAAACGUCUAUGGAGCGCUUGCUUCAAACACGCUUUUGAACUUCUGCUAUUUACACAGGGGACAAGGCCACCAAGACGCCAGUGUCAUUUCACUACUGAGAAUUUCCACUUAAUCUGAAGAUAAAUACGUUUUCAUGAAGUCUUGAUUUGCAACACCUGCACACAAAAGGUUGACUGCUUUUGAUGUGAGAGUCGAUGAGCUUUAGGUGUCUUAAAUAAGGUUUAAUACGAGGCAAAUGUCAAAGUCCUGACUGAAGUGAUAUCUUAAACAUGCUCUGGAAAUAUCUGUGCUGAUUCUUUUUAUGUGCAAAUAAAAAAUAAAACAUAUGUUCUGAAUAUU